AUGUUUUCUUGGGCUGUUACUGCCUUCAUUGUCAUCUAUACAUUGGAGGCAUUCAUUAUCAUUGUUGGAAACACGUUCACCAUAUUUGUCUUCUGGACCCAGCGAUCCCAAUUGAGGCGAACAUAUUUCAUUCUUAUUAACCUCGCAGUUUCUGAUCUGCUUGUGGGGAUUGCCGAACCAAUUGUGCUGGGCACAGCGAAGAUUGCUAAGAUGACGGCCAUUCCAGGUAAAGAAAAGAGUUUUACAAAUCCAUCAUCUGCAUUUCAAGUCCUUGCGUCGAGUACUUCAGUGCUUUUUCUCGCGCUUAUUUCUUUGGAACGUGUCUAUUCCGUUUUAUGGCCAGUUCAUCACCGUGCGACCAGAACUCGGUCUUACAUUUUCGUCAUAACUGUUGUCUGGGGUCUUGGAUUCUGCUUCUUUGGGCUGUCUGUAUUAUCCUUAUAUCAUACAAAGUUAGAGAGGAAAUACGUUAUUCUAACCAUUCAUGCGUGCCUUUUCAUAGCACUAUUAGCGAUUUGUGGAAGUUACCUUCAAAUACGUAGGAAAUGGCGCUCAAACGUCAUUCCUGGUGAAGAGAUCCACGCUCGCCAGACAGCUGAACGCAACUUACGACUGUCAAGAACAGUUCUCGUGGUUAUCGCUGUGUCACUGGUGUUAUGGUUGCCAGCCACUAUUGUGUACACUGUUAGACCCUUUUGCCGCCCACCAUGUGUUAGACCGAUUGUAAUGGUGGUUGUAAAUGUUUUUCAUCUGGCAAAUUCUAUGGUCAAUCCGAUCGUCUACAGCUUUAGAAUGGCAAUAUUCAAGGAUGCUUUGAAGAAAUUGUCGAGGAGAUGCCGACUACAUUCUGUUGGCAUCGAACCCGUUCAGGUUACUGACAAAGGCUUGGGUGGUUCUUUCCCUCCAAAAACUCAAUGUACAAGACUUAAUGUACCUGAACUGGAACCCAAGGAUGACAUCUCAACACAUGCAUGCUUAUCAGAAAGAAGACCAUCAAACAAUAUUCAGUGACUAUUAGCAAACAGAGGGGGGAAUUAAGCACACAUAAACUACGCACAUUACAAAUGAGAGCAUGGUUUUCAUAGCAAUUACACAGUUUUGCCAAACUGACAGUGUAGGCUGUUAGUAUUUCAUUAUGGGUAUCAGGCUUCCCUUACAAAUACAAUUUUUCAAAUCUUUUUGUUUUUUUAUUAAGCAUUUUGCACUUGCUAAUCAAGAAGGCUAUUCCCUUACUAAUUUAGAGAAUUCCAAAAUUUAAAAUAGUGUACUUCUCUUAAUCAUAUCAAUAUUUUCGUAAAUAAAAUAUCAGACUUAAGCUAUUAUUAUUAGCACAUUUCAGAUUGAGAUUCAGAAUUUUUAUUUAUCACACUAUUUUAAUAGUUUACUACAAAAAAAUAAUACAAUACAUCACAAAAGUAAAAUAAAACAACAUUAAAUUACUUAAAAAAUCAAAGGUGGAAUGUGCGCAGUGACAAAGGGAGCUUUAGCUUUCGAUCGCGAGUUGGUCACUACCACGUGUAACUAAUUGGCGUAGACAUUUAAAUAGCGUAUAACUGAGACAGAAAAGUCAAAAGUGCGUAAAGUUAUACUUACAAUUUCAGUGAAAUAAAAUUACUCAUUGGCUAUUUAAAAGAUACAGUUUGUAUUGCUUUUAAGCUGUUAUACAUGAGCCUUUUUUCUUUUUUUUUUUUUAAUUUAGAGAGAAUUUUUUCCCAGAUUUUUGGCCCAGCAAAAGCGAAAGUUACAGCUCCAUAAUUCUUGUUUAUCCUCGGCCCAUGAAAAUUAAGGAUGGAUACGAAUCUGGUGAAGUAACUAUGAACCUUAGAGGCUAGGGUAAAGGUUCCUUUGAAUAUCUUAGGGACGUUUGUUGCAUUGUAAGUAAUUUUAUGUGUGAAAAGGGCUACUUUGAAUUUGUAAAUGUUUUCAAGUGUAAGAAUUUCUAAAAGAUUGAAGUAAUGGCAUAGCAUUGUCCCUGCUAUAAGCAAAGAACAAGCUACGAACACAAUUUUUUCUGUUUAGUUUUAAUCUUACUUAACCUGGUCUUACAAGUAUACCUUAAUUUAUUAAUGAUGCCUACAUUUUUCAUUAGCUUUUUGUUUUUGUGUUGAAUCUAUGCCCCAGUGUAAAUUUUGAUCAAUAUAUGCCCUAGAUAUUUUUGUUUGAAUUUUACGUUCAAUAUUAUGUAUAUGUAUACUUCCAUUCAAUCUUGAAGAUGAGAUUACCAUAUAGUUUGCCUUAGUAAGAUUUAUUGAUAGCUUGUUUGUGAUGCUAUAUUUGAAAACUAAUUUCAAUUCCUCAUUCAUGACUGUUUCAAGACGUUGUAACUUAUCACUUGUGUAAAGCAUAUUUGUGUCAUCAGCAAAAUUCGAAAUGAUAAUUUCUUCGAGCAGUUAGGCAAGAUUAAAAACUUGUCUUUUAAAUAUAUUUUUUUACAAUACAUAUAUCACGAUUGUACUCGCUAGUAAAGCCGGAAAGCAGUGUAAAUAGCGAGGCAUUGUGUAUAUAAAACCUUGCAUCGAAAAAGCAAAUAGUAAUUUGACUAUUUAUCCAGUUGUAAAGGUCGCAGCCCUUUCCUAUCAUAUUUGUAUCGUAUACUGUUGCUCUGAUCAGCAUUUACUUUAUGACUGUGGACAAAAUUUCGACGCUAUGUUUGCAGUUGUACUAUAUACACUUAAUGUCAGAUCCCGAGGGAAACAGUUAGUUUUGUUUUCCCAAGAGUCCUGAUGUUUCGUCGAGGGAAACAUCAGGACUCGAGGGAAAACAAAACUAACUGGUUUCCCGAGGGACCUGACAUUAAGUGUUUUGUUAUAUUUCUAGACUUUCACUUCAACAGCAACAAAAGAAUAACCGGAGCGAACCAAAACAGUCGACUCGGUACUUAUAACAACACAAAUUUAAUUCUCAAAACCACUGAAUGAAUGAUUUACAAACAUCCUCAUAUUAUCUGCAUCUUUUUCCUCCACUAGCUGCUGUUUUUCUUCUGGGAACUUCUGGGAUAACUUUAAAAAUCGUUGCUUUUUAGCUUGAGGCUUCGUUUUUGUGUUGUUGUGUUCAUUCACGAAAAAGAAAACUGGCUGGACCUGGCGGUGUUUUUCCCGCCUUCUGUCACACCACUUUCCACCAUGCUUUGAUCACGUGCUGCAAUGUAUCCCGAGCGGGAUACAUUGUUUAAUGUAUCACGAUCGGGAUACAUUUGAUUUUAGUCAAGGUCACGUGGCCAAGAAUCAACCAAUGGCAGUCCCUGUUUAGUUGAGUGAAAGUCUAGGAAUAUAACAAAUCUAUUUACCUCACUGAGAUAAUGCCUCUCAUUGUCCAUCAAAUUACAUAAAAAUGCAGUUUAAAAUUGUGUGCAAGUUAUCAAAACUGUUCAAAGUUCGUUAAUAACAAUAUUAAACAUGUAUUGAUAUGAUUUAAUUUAGCUCCUCAAAUAAAUGUCAGCUUUUCAUGAAAGCUCAGAUAGAAACGUCAAAAAGUGUACAACCAACCGAUGCCAUUAAAUAAGCUCGAUUUUUAAAAGCGUUAUUGAGCUUAAAGGGACAGUGUCCCGAUUGUGCGCAGGCGCGAGCGUCAUCUGUUUUUUUCUUCAAAAGACAAUAGAACUGUCAUAUUGACUAGACAAGAUUUCCUUCCGCACCGCACCGUCGAAGGAGAUUUGUUGUUUACAUUCUCAAGAAAUAUUUUAGACUUUCGAAGAAGUUUUUUUUGUCUUAUUUAAAAAAUGGCUCGCGGCACGAAGACUCAUCGCGAUGUUGUCGCUAGCAGGGCCGCCUCGGGUAACGAAAAUCUCGUUCCGCUGGCUUUAAAAACAGCUUUUAUAAUGUGAAACUCGUGUCAGAGGUCAGUUGUUCCAAGUCCAGUAAUAUUUGCCUGAUUUGCUCGCAUUCUAGCCUCAAACGUUUGAAAAAUAAAAAUGCAAUCUCAGCAAAGGUUAGUCAAAAAUUAUACAUUAUGAUUUCAUUGCACUAGUUUUUCUAAACAAGUAGCGCCUGUCUACUUGAUUUUGUCGGCCGCAGGGAGGUUCACUUAAAAGUUUACCCACGCGUCGUUGCAAAACAUUCUGCUUCACGAAGCUUAAUUCCACAAAAUCUCCUCAGUCACUUCCAUGUCUCAAUGGUUUCUUUCUUAUAGUCUCUAUUGCUGCUGUUUCAUUUCUGCGUAUUCCUUUCACAAUUAUCUGAGCUUGUAUGGAAGCUGGCAGAAGAAAUAAAAAGCCUUCAAUCGGCAUCAAAGGGCUUCCUGUCUUUUGGUCCUCCGGCCAACGGCAAUAAGGUAACUCCAAAAAAUCCCUAUUUCGCCAUAAUCGAAACUCAACAGGAACGAUAUAUCAUUGAUCUGUAAUCCUGAGAAGUUUUGGUGUAGUAUCCAAUUCGGCCAAACGCGAUGCAAACUGAUUUUUCAAGGUUCUCUUACUAUCCUCGCAUCUUUUGAUUUCGGGACAUCCUGUCCAAAAACAAUCUCGACCCAGUGCUCUUCUGCGCAUGUAGAGGAGACAGAUCAAGAGCUCUGGGGAACCCUGGAGCAAGAUUGUCUCUGAUUGGUUUCAGCAAAAAACAAGAAACGUGUUUCUGAUUGGUCCAUUCAUGUUUGCACUAGAGCGGUUGAACGUGCGGCGUGUCUGGCGUGUGAGCGGGUUUUUCCCUAGAAAUGUUGAAGUAAACACGACCGGCCGAUUCUUGAUUUCAGCGAUUCCAUACGACAUUUACACGACUAAUUAGGCGGAAUUACUGGAUUUUCCAGUUUUCAAAUAAAAUAGCUUAGCUACAAAUGGAAAAUUGAACAAGAAAAAGAUUUGAAUGUGAAAAAAUGAAACAAAAAUGCACCGACAUCUUUGCCAGCUAUAGUUUAAGAAUCAUGACACAUUACUGAUUUUUCUUUGACUUCCAUGUUAACGUAUUCACACGAAGCAGCCGAGUAUGAAUGAGAACUUGAGCUUCUUGUUGUAAAUUGCCCAAAAACAGACUUGCAAGAAAAAAAAAAGAUAAAUUAAAUCGUUCCUUAAAGUGAUGCGUGUACAAUGCGACUAGAUAUUUAUAGCUGUCUUCUUUUCCCACGAUAUCAAAGCGGCUUCGCUGAAGAGCUAAAGUUCAUGAACAAACAUAAAUAAAAGGACGCUAAAUUCAUAUUUUGGAAAGUUUUAUUGGAAUUUCGAUACGGUUAUUCGGGUUUCACUUACCGACUCUUAAAGUAGUCCACAGAAAUAGUUAAUCAACUGUGAAGCAUAUGCAAAAUUCAAAUCUCAAAUCUGUGAUUGCGAACGUUUAACGGUAUUUUCUCAGCGGCCACCACAAGAGCCUUGGAUACCUGAAAAUCCCUCAAGGCCGUUAACUGAAUUUCUUCAGUUCUAAUACCAAAGCAGCACAAGACUUUGGCGAUGAAGUGGACAUAAAAGAAUAAAAAAAUUUUGGUUGGAUCAAAGAGCAUCCGCUGUGAGGUCCAAAUAGCCAGAUUUUGGCUACUCCGGCGCAGAGUUUCCUAGAGCUUACGCACCAUGAUUCCCAAACCCGUAGGCACUGGGGUUGAGAAUGGUAAAAAAAAUUCAAGUUUGGUACAUGCGCAGUAACAGGAUACUGUUCCUUUAAGUCCUCCUCUUAGUUGUUCAUGCUUUUGUCCCUCAUGCCUUAUUUGGGAAGCAACAAAUAUAAUAGAGUGUGAAAGGUUUGAACCCAGGAGUCAUUUCAAAAGUAGGUUGAGUUUGAUCGUCCGGGUGAACGUUGUCCUGAAUAGGACUGUUGUUGUUGCUGACAGUGACUGACGUUUCGACAGCCUGUGCGGUAGUCAUCUUCAGAGUUAAAGUGAGUUGUAUCACGUCAGUUGAUGGUAUUAUACGCUGAGAAGAAGAAACAUAGGUUAGACACAGGUUGUCGAAACGUCCAUCACUGUCAACAACAACAGUCCUAUUCAGGACUACGUUCACCCUGACGAUCAAACUCAACCUACUUUUAAAUAUAAUAGAGUCAGUUUAAGCUUUACGUAAACGGCAAACGUCAGAUUUCAGUUGAGAAUUUCUCAAAAUAGGAAAUGCGCAGAUAACAACAGCUCAAAACAAUUCAAGUGGAUAAAUAUUGCGUGAAACUACUAAUAUAUGCGCACAAAUAAUUACCAGUAGACGGCAAGUAAAGAAGAAACUUGGUCACGUGGUACAAAUUCACGUUUGCAGUUUGACGUAAACGCGAUGCUUAACAGGUUUCCUAAUAACUGAGUGCGCCACCGUUGCCAUGUUUCUUCUUCUCCUUUACUUCAAGUCUCUCUUUCAUUCUAUUUCAUGUUUCCCUUUUUUGUUGUAAAGCAUUUUUUGGCUGGUUUAUGAUAAUUUAAAUCUUUUUCUAAUAACGGUUCUGUUUAAUAUUUUAUAAGAACUUAUUUUGAUCAGCUAUCAAGACCAUGAUCCUUUACGUAAUCUUCAUUUAUUUCAUCCAGCAUUUUUGCAUUAGAGAGGCUUAGGUCACUCGCUUGUUUCCAUAACGUCGCUCUUACAGCGCAUUCAAUCGGAAGGUUUUUAAAUGAAGAUUCUACAUGGAAAGAUACCAUCAACGUCGACAAUGCUUUGGAUAGAAACCCACCAACCGUGAGCGAGGUUUGUGAUACACCAAUCACUAACAACCACGGUGGUACAAAUAGUUCAACUCAGUAAAUCGACACUAUCGCCUGAUGAAGACCUGCAGUGCUGUCGAAUCGUUGCGAUCAAUAUCAAAGUGACAAUCGUGAGACAAACGAUAAAACCAAACCCUUUAUUACUAUUGUUCUUCUCAUAUUAGAACAAAUAGCCUGGUUUCCGAAAAAAGUUUGGUUGCUGUCUUUGCAAGCCUUUCUGACAUUUCAAUCUUUUGCUCGAAAUUAUUCAGGGCUUCCUAAAGGCUUUUUAUCGAAAUCGAUUCAUUCUGCGUUUGUUUUCUACUCAACGAGAGAAUUGUUCCAGCGAAGCAUUUCUGAUACUCUGCGGGUGCCGUACGUGUAUAAGUUAUAUCUAGCAAAUCUUAUGAUGAGUCCUCUCGCUUACAGUUUCAGAAUGCGAAUUUUCAGAGAAGUUUUGAAGGCAUUAAGCAGAAAAAGACGAACAUAGAACUAAGAGCUGUUCAGCAAAACAGACUGGGAAAUGGUUUGGAAGGUUCUUUUACUCCCAACAAGCAUGACAACGGUUCACCAACUAUUCAAUCGACUUCUGGCCAUAAUUAAGAAAUAAAGCAAAAGCAAAGAUAUUCAUGCAGACAAUGUAUACGCCAUAUAUAUAGUUCAAAGACCACAAAGGCUUAACAUUUGCUAUUUGCUAUUUUUCUUCCAACAAGCAUGAGAACGGUUCACCAACUAUUCAAUCGACUUCUGGCCAUAAUUAAGGGCCUGUUUACAUGGAGGUGCGGGGGGGCGAGAUAGGUGAGGUAACAUGCCGCGGGUCACCCCACCUAUAAUGUAAACGUUAUCAAAUUAAAAUGAGAGAUGUGGACAGGCGGGUUACCCACCAAAGCGGGUUACCUCACCUACCUAGGGUCCCCGACCUCCAUGUAA